UUAAACAUGGCGUCUUCCAUAUCGCACGAGCUGGAGAAUUUGUUAAAUCCACAGCCUAGCUUUUACGACCCCGAGGACGAUCAGGAUGAAGCUACUGUUGCUAAAGUCAUUGACAGAUUUGAUGAAGGUGAAUUCGAAGCAGAUUCUAACUCCAUUGUGAGUCUGAGGAAAAGAAUUCCAACCUCCCUAUCUGAUACAGAUAAGCGCUACUCUGGUAAAGUUACAUCUCGGAAAGACUUGAAAGCAGAAUUAGGAGAGAAUUUCUCAGAUGAUUCUGAUGAAGAAGUUGAUGAGGACUCUAUUGCUGAAGGAGAAAGCAAUGAUGGUGGGACUGACCAUGAAGAUGGAGAGAGUGAAGAGGAAUUUGAGGACAACCAAAGCACAGCACAGGAAACGGAUGAUGAAAUAUCUGACACCAAUGCAAACCAACAGAAUUUGGAAGAUGAUGAUGAUGAUGAUGAUGGAGUAAUGACUAUGUCUAAGGAGAAAAUCUCCAAGGAUGUUGAGAAGGGACAAGCUAUUCGCAACCAAAUGGGUAUAUGGGAUCACCUUCUAGAAGGACGAAUAAAAAUUCAGAAAGCCCUUCUAUUGGCUAAUCAGCUGCCUCAGUUGGAUGCAUUUGCAGCAUUUAAAAAGGAUGGUGGCGUGGAAUUUUCAAAGUCUCUAAAGAAUAAUUAUAAAGCUUUGAAAGAACUAAUGCGUUCUCUGGUAGACCUGCAAGAUGAACUUCUGUAUCAGUUUCCAGAAACAAAAUACCUCGUAGAUGGGAAAAAAUGCAAAGUAGACAGUGAUGAAGACAUUCCAAGUGACGAUGAAGAGGUUGAAACCGAAAAACCUGAGCGAAAAGGACCUCCUAAACGUAAAUUGGAAGUUGAUGAGUAUCCAGAAUUCAUGGCCAAACGGUUUGCAGACUUUAGAACAUACCGAAAUGGCACAUUACAGAAGUGGCACGACAAGACAAAAUUAACAGGAAAAAUUGGCAAGGGAUUUGGAGCUUUUGAACGAUCUAUACUGACGCAGAUCGAGCAGAUUAUGAUGGACAAAGAGAGGCUACUGAAACGGGCACACACUAAGCGAUCUCCUUAUAGGGUUCUAGGAAAACCCCAAGUUGACUCCCAUUCUGUGCCAGAAUCUGUUCCUGAUGAACCAAUGGAUAUCCAAACUGAAGGAAAAUCAAAUGCUCACCUGAAGGAUAUCGAUGAAGAAAUUUUUGACGAUGAUGAUUUUUAUCACCAGCUGCUGCGUGAACUGAUAGAGCGGAAAACCAGUUCCAUAGAUCCCAAUGAUCAAGUGGCGAUGGGCAGACAAUGGUUGGCAAUUCAAAAAUUACGGAGUAAAAUUAAGAAAAAGGUGGACACGAAAGCAAGCAAAGGAAGAAAAGUGAGGUAUCAUGUCCACAGCAAGUUGGUAAGCUUCAUGGCUCCUAUUGACCACAGCGCAAUGAAUGAUGAUGCCAGAACUGAGCUUUACCAGUCCUUAUUUGGGAAAAUAAAACACUUAGAAGAGGAGAAGCAAAUGUAACAAAAGCAAAAGUGGCUGAUGAAAGAAGAUGCCUUUCCGUGUCAUUAACCAAUAUUCGUCAUUUGCUGUAAAUAUAUGUACAUUAUGCCUACAUCUCUUCCAUAUAUACAACUUUGACCUUUCCAUGCUGCAGCUUUCUCAUAAUAAACAGUCAAGUAUACGUAUGUAUGUUUGAGUGCCCCGUAAACAUCUUUACUGUUUUACUGGAACCACAUGAGACUCCCUACGUUAGGGACACCACAUCUACCAUUUAUUCUCCAGGACACAUACAUUGUACAUGUUACUGACCAGCACCACCCUGCGUUCAAUAGGAUGUGUGUUUUAUUCCCUUCAAAUGCAUAUUACAACGUUGUUGUAAAAAAAAAAAAUGUGCGAAAAUGUUUUCAUAUAUUUAAACAGUGUUUGCCACAGCGAGCACUAUACAGAAAAAUGACUGAAUUUCAGCAAUACCAAUAAAUUAGGUGAUUUUGCUAUUUUAAUUUCUGGCUUAAAUCAUAAUUGCACAUUGGUUGUUGGCCUUUUCUGUUCAAAAUCAUAUUUCAUGUAUACUUUUUUUUUAAUGCAUACAGCAAUCAAAUGUACAGCAUUGUUUUUAAAAUAGAAUGAAAUGGAAAAUAUAG